GUGAAGAUGCAUAAUGUGACUGAGUUCAUCUUGUUGGGGUUGACCCAAAAUGAGGAACUCCAGAAAAUUUCAUUCACUGUGUUUUUAAUUGUUUACCUGUUCACCUUGGUGGGCAACUCACUCAUUGUGAUCACCAUCAGAACCAGCAGGACCCUAGGGUCCCCCAUGUACUUCUUUCUGUCCUUUUUGUCCAUUAUAGACAUUUGCUAUUCUUCAUCCAUGACUCCAAGGAUGCUGGCUGACUCUCUGACUCCAAGAAAAACCAUCUCUUUUAGUGAGUGCAUGACUCAGGUCUUCGUUGAACAUCUUUUUGGUGGUUCUGAGAUUAUUCUUCUCACAGUGAUGGCCUAUGAUCGCUAUGUGGCCAUUUGUAGACCCCUGCACUAUGCAAUCAUCAUGAACCGACAGGUAUGCAGCCUCCUUUUGGGAGUGGCUUGGGCUGGAGGCUUUGUCCAUGCAGCUAUUCAGAUUCUCUUCAUUGUCUGGCUUCCUUUUUGUGGCCCCAAUGUGGUAGACCACUUUAUGUGUGACUUGAACCCUUUGUUGAAACUUGUCUGCAUGGACACCCAUAGUGUUGGUCUCUUUGUCACUGCCAACAGUGGCUUCAUUUGCCUGUUGAACUUCCUCCUGCUAAUGGUCUCUUAUGUAAUCAUCCUGUACAAUUUGAAGUCUCACAGUUUGGAGAGCAGGCAUAAAGCCCUCUCCACCUGUGCCUCUCAUAUCACCGUAGUCACCUUGUUCUUUGUACCCUGCACAUUUAUGUACCUGCGCCCAGUGGGCACUUUCUCCUUUGAUAAAGCUGUGGCUGUAUUUUAUACCAUGAUAACACCUAUGUUAAACCCUCUCAUCUACACUCUCAGAAAUGCAGAGGUGAAAAAUGGUAUAAAGAAAAUCUUGGUGAAAAAUUGA